AUGAUAAGCCUCUCUCUGCCACUCCCCACCGCAUCUCCUUCCCUCAAACCCAACCGCAAAAGCCCCUCCGCUCGACCCCACAACGCCGCCGUCGCCGCUUUCGAGUCUCUCAAGACUCAGCUGAUCCGCCAUGCCGACGCCGGCCGCCUCGGUGAAGCCCUCUCCACCCUCGACCUCAUGUCCAACGCCGGCGCCGGCCUUGCUCCAGACCUCACCUCCUACUCCAUCCUCCUCCGAUCCUGCAUCCGCACCCGAAACCUGGAAACGGGCCGGACAGUCCACUCCAAGCUUACCGAAUCGGGUCUUGAGCUUGACGCGGUCGUCCUCAACUCGCUCAUCAGCCUCUACUCCAAAUGCGGCGACCAGAAGAAAGCGGAGGAGAUAUUCUCCUCCAUGGGCAGGUUAAGGGAUUUAGUCUCGUGGAGCGCCAUGAUUUCGUGCUACGCGCACGGUAAACUAAAUUCGCAGGCGAUUGCGAUGUUUCUGGAGAUGGUAGAGCUCGGGGAGCGGCCGAAUGAGUUUUGCUUCUCGGCCGCGAUUCGGGCCUGUUCCAAUCGGAAAUUCGCCGCCGUUGGGCUCGUGAUAUUUGGGUUUCUGAUGAAGACGGGCCAUUUUGGAUCCGAUGUGUGCGUGGGAUGCGCGCUGAUUGAUCUGUUUGCAAAGGGUUUUGGUGAUUUAGAUUCCGCACGGAGGGUGUUUGAUAAAAUGCCGGUGAGAAAUCCCGUUUCUUGGACUCUGAUGAUCACGAGGUUUACGCAAAUGGGCUCUCCUCUAGACUCGAUCCUCGUGUUUCUUGAUAUGAUUGAUGCGGGUUUCGUGCCCGAUAGGUUCACUUUGAGCGGUUGCUUAUCGGCUUGUUCGGAGCUGGGACUGUUAGCCGUCGGGCGUCAGCUUCACACUUGGGUCAUCAAGAACGGUUUUUUAUCGGAUGUCUGUGUGGGCUGUGGUUUAGUGGACAUGUACUCCAAAUGUGCUGUAAAUGGGUCAAUGGACGAGUCAAGGAAAACUUUCGACCGGAUGCACGGCCAUAACGUCAUGUCGUGGACUGCAAUCAUCACGGGUUAUGUUCAGAAUGGAGGCCUUGACUAUGAAGCUAUUGAGUUGUACUGUAGGAUGAUAACCGAAGGUGAAGUCAAGCCGAAUCAUUUGACGUUCGCCAGCCUGUUGAAAGCGUGUGGGAAUCUUUUUAAUCCGGAAAUUGGUGAACAGAUUUAUGGCCACACAGUGAAAUCGGGUCUUUCUCCCAUAAAUUGUGUCGGUAACUCUCUUAUCAGCAUGUACACGAAAUGCGACAGAAUGGAAGAGGCGCGAAAAGCAUUUGAAGUCUUGUUUGAGAAGAAUUUGGUCUCGUAUAACACGUGGAUUGACGGUUAUGCUAGAAAUUCAGAAUCGGACAGGGGUUUCGAACUUUUUAAUGAAAUCGAGAAGAAUUCUGAUGUCAGGGUCGAUGCUUUCACUUAUGCGAGCCUCUUGAGUGGGGCCGCGAGUACCGGGGCCAUCGGAAAAGGCGAGCAAAUACAUGCCCGGUUGAUAAAAUCGGGCUUUGAGUCCGAUCUAAACAUUUCCAAUGCCUUGGUCUCUAUGUACACUAAGUGCGGCAACAUCGAGUCCGGAUUUCGAAUUUUCAAGGAGAUGGGGAGUCGAAACGUAAUAUCUUGGACAUCGAUCAUCACCGGUUUUGCCAAACAUGGUUUUGCGGGAAAAGCCUUGGAACUAUUCAAACAGAUGCUUGACUGUGGCGUGGCGCCCAACGAGGUCACAUUCGUUGCGGUUUUGUCGGCUUGUAGCCACAAGGGCUUAAUCGACGAGGGCUGGCAACAUUUCAACUCGAUGCACGAAAAACACGGGAUUAGACCGAGAAUGGAACACUACGCCUGCAUGGUCGACAUGUUAGGAAGAUUCGGUCAUUUGGAUCGAGCCGUCGAAUUUAUCGACUCGAUGCCUUUUACCGCAAACGCCCUCGUCUGGCGCACGUUGCUCGGUGCAUGUCGGGUCCACAACAACACCGAGCUCGGGAGAAAAGCCGCCGAGAUGAUUAUCGAGCGGGACCCACACGACACAUCAGCUCACGUCCUUCUCUCGAACUUGUACGCUUCGGCCGGCCAAUGGGACCUCGCGGCAAAAACUAGAAAGGGAAUGAAGGAGAGGAAAUUGAUCAAAGAAGGCGGGUGUAGUUGGAUAGAGAUCGCGGAUAAAGUGCAUAAAUUUUACGUGGGGGAUACUAAGCACUCGGAGGCCGAUGAAAUUUACAAAGAAUUGGAUCGCAUGACGGUCGAAAUUAAGAAGAUGGGUUACGUGCCAGAUACGAAUUUCGUGUUGCACGAGGUCGAGGAAGAGGAGCAAAAGGAGCGGAAUUUGUUCCUACAUAGCGAGAAAAUCGCAUUGGCGUACGGGCUUAUACGAACGGGUAAAGGAAAAACGAUUCGGAUUUUCAAGAACCUUCGGGUUUGUGGCGAUUGCCAUAAUGCGAUGAAGUACGUAUCGGUCGCGAGCGGGAGGGAGAUUGUCGUGAGGGACUCGAAUAGGUUUCACCACAUCAAGGAUGGGGUGUGUUCUUGUGAUGACUAUUGGUGA